AUGCUUGUGAUAAUGUGGUGUAGUAGUCGUAGUCCUGUAUAUUUUUGUGAUUUUUUGAAGCCGUUUGAAAUGAUAUAUUUGCUCGAGACUGCAGUUGGAUACGCAUUGCUUGACAGUGUCGAAGGGCAAGGGAAUGCCGAACUGCUUGGAGUGUAUAGAUUCAAGGAUAGUGACGAGGCGAUGGAAUCUUCCAGGCUUCUGAUCCAAGGAGCAGUUCCAUCGAGUCUAGAGAGUUUUAUCAGCUCUGUUGAGUCCAAGAGAAAGGAGAUACUGGGGGUGAAUGACCCAAAGCUUGUUGAGCGACUGCAGAAGAAGCUGGAUAGAAGGGUUGUGUAUGUGAAUGACGAGGUGCUGAGGAUUGCACGAUCUGAGGCAUACAAGUAUUUUGGAAUGAACAUUUCUGAGUAUUCCGAAAGGGUUGUUUGUAUUGCACACAAGAUAUGCAUGGGGAAGAUCCGGAUGGUGCCUGAGAAGAUAGACACGAUGGUGAUACAGUCUGUGAAUCUGCUAGGGGAUAUGGACAAGGACAUUAAUUUGCACUGCAUGAGGUUGAAGGAGUGGUAUGGGAUACACUUUCCGGAGCUGCAGAGAGUGUAUGAGAGCAACAAGGAGUAUCUUGUGGCGGCUGUUGAGAUUGGUAGAAAGGAAAGCAUUGAUGAGGAGAAGAUGAAGAGGCUUGAGGAGGUGAUUGGAGAGAAAGCAGAGCAAGUGAAGAGGCUUGCAGAAAGCAGCAUGGGGGUUGCGAUGGAUGAGAGUGACAUGCAGAGCAUUCUGGACGAUGCAAGGAGUGUACUAAAGAGCUUUGAGUUUCGAGACGAGCUAGAGAGGUACAUUUGUGUGAAGAUGCAAGGGCUGGCGCCGAACCUGAUGGCAUUGGUUGGGGAUGUGAUGGGAGCGCAGAUGAUAAGCAAGGCAGGGUCGCUGUCAAGCCUUGCGAAGAUGGCAGGAUCCACUAUACAGAUGAUGGGAGCGGAGAAGGCACUGUUCCAAGCACUGAAGGCGGAGACGAAUACGCCGAAGUAUGGGAUCAUAUAUGGAAGCUCGUUGGUUGGGCAAACGCCGUCGCAGCAUAAGGCGAAGAUAGCAAGGAGCCUGGCAUCGAAGAUUGGCCUGGCAGCCAGGAUUGACAUGUAUGGAGAUGACACGCAAAAGAGCCAUGGCGCACGAAUGAGAGAGCAAAUCAUGAAAAGAAUCAAGGACUUGGAGGGCCGAGGAGGCAAGAGCAGAAAAGCUGUGGGUAGGCCGAAGCAUGAGAUCAAGCCCAACUUCUAUGACGACUCAAGAGAUGUUAAGAAGGUUAAGUCGAAAUGA